AUGAAUAUUCUUCUGAAGUCUUUGAAAGCUUCAUUGAAGAACACUCUGCAACACUCUCUUGAUUUGAAGCUGCUUGAUAAAGCUGAUUCUCUUGAUAAGAAUAUUGAACACUCAGAUAUCUAUCAUUCAGAUAAGACAAUAUCAGAUCAACAGAUGAAGCAUCUCAAGAUAAUGCUUAAGAUGAACAAGAGAAAGCAAAGAGUCUUAGAACUUAAACUACAACUGAAAAAACUUUAUUAA